AUGGCUCCAGGAUCACCUUCUUCAUCAAUUAUAUUCUUCGGCACCACAGGCACAGCAGAUUACAUGGAGCUCAUGGCAAAUUCUCAGCAGAAUCAUCAACUUGUUGAUCCCAACAAACAAGAUCCAAAUGAAGAAGUUGCAAUAGUAGUAUCUGCCAACACUCUAUUAGAUGCAAACAGGUAUGUUUGUGAAGUAUGCUACAAAGGCUUUCCAAGAAAGCAAAACUUGACGCUUCAUCGACGAGCUCACAAUCUUCCUUUCACUCUCAAGACAAGAACAUCGAACGAACCGUCACCACGAAAGGUGUAUCUUUGCCCUGAGCCCACAUGUGCCCAUCACAACCGUUCUCACGCCUUAGCAGACUUUGGUGGUCUUAGGAAACACUAUUUAAGGAAACAUUGUACGGCGAAGAACUAUAAAUGUGACACCUGUUGCAAGGCUUACAAUGUUGAGGCUGACUUGCGAGCGCAUUCAAAGGUUUGUGCCAAGAAAAAAUAUGCUUGUCACUGCGGCUGUCGUUUCACCAGGCGUUGCGAUUUCACUCUUCACCAGGCAGAGUGUGACGCACCAGAGCAUGUGGGCCCAGCCAAAUGUCCACAAACGCUCACUAGAAACGACAACAGUAGCAGCAGCCGUAUAGGCUCGGUUAUGUCGCAUCCAACAACAUUUAGCAUGGGAGAUAACUGGAUCAGAUUUAAUAGCAAUGAAAACAACUACAACCUCAUAGGUCCGCAUAUUUCCUCCAACCAAAACCAGCCCAAUUCUUACCAUUCUAUCGCGUCCCACCAGUAUCAACAAUCUCAAAUUGGAGAAGACUACAGCAGCCUCAUGACCAACGCUAGCGGUGGCUUAAACUUCAGCAGGAGUCACCCAUACCAACAUGAGUAUCAGAUGAAAACUGAUAUAGGGUUGUAUGAGGAUUUGUUGAUGGACAAGAUCCCAUUACACAGUCUGAAUCUUGAAGAUACGGGUGUAAUAGGAGAUGAUGGCACUAGUUAUAGAAGCGGGGAAGGCUCAAAUUCAUUUUCAAAUGGUAGUUAUAUGUUUAAUCCUAGUUUAACACCAGCUAUGCGUAACACUGGUCAAAAUGGAAUGUUGAACCCUGUGAGUGGCAUUAGCGAUGGUGGAAGUUAUGGGCAUGCCAGUUGCUAUGGUUAUGAUUAUUGUUAUGGAAGUGGACAGUCUGGCUAUGGAGGUGCGAUGGAAGGGUGCGACUUUGAUGCAUCAGCGGCAACAACACGAGCAGUAGCCCCAUCCGAACCUCAGUUGAACCAACAUGGCUUUUGGUUUUGA